GCUGUCGGGAUUGCUCAGGCGCUGUGGACAUGUCCGCCAUGUUUUUCAUGGCACUGGGAGUGGAUCACCCGAGAAAAAUAGCUUCUAAAUCCAGUUAAACUCGACCAGAAAUGGCUUUUCGCAUUUGAUUUCGACCGAAUGGUUACCAAUGAAUCCUACUAUUGUGAAAUCAACCGAGUCCCUUGUGGAUUUAUACCGAUUUUCUUAGCGAAUUCUGGCGGGAUACAUGUUUCCUUCGCGUUCUAUGUGAGUGCGAUAGGGGCAAACAAUGAGUAAACUAUCGUUCCGAGCGCGAGCGCUAGACGCCGCCAAACCUCUCCCCAUAUACCGCAACAAAGACCUUCCAGACCUAAAUGACUGCGUUUCGAUCAACCGGGCUGUGCCGCAGAUGCCUACGGGGAUGGAAAAAGAAGAAGAAUCGGAGCACCAUCUCCAGAGGGCCAUCUCUGCUCAGUCGGUUUUCAGAGAAAAGAAGGAGAACAUGGUCAUCCCGGUGCCGGAGGCAGAGAGCAACAUCACUUACUACGACCGUCUCUAUAAAGGAGAGCUCAGGAUCCCCAAACAGCUCUUCCACAUCCAGCCCCUGGGUCUGGAUAAUGAGCAGCCAGACUAUGACAUGGACUCAGAGGAUGAGACUCUCCUCAACAGGCUCAACCGCAAGAUGGAAAUCAAACCCAUACAGUUUGAGACCAUGGUAGACAGGUUGGAGAAAGCUAGCACAAACCAGCUGGUCACUAUCACAGAGGCCAAACUGCUACUGAACGAGGAUGACUACCUCCUGAAGUCAGUGUACGACUACUGGGUGAGGAAGAGGAAGAACUGCCCAGGCCCGUCGCUCAUCCCCCUCAUCAAGCAGGAGAAGAGAGACGGCUCCACCAACAACGACGCCUAUGUGGCCUUCAGACGGCGCACAGAGAAGAUGCAGACCAGGAAGAACCGUAAGAAUGACGAGGCGUCCUAUGAAAAGAUGCUGAAGCUCCGGAGGGAGUUCAGCCGCACGGUCACCAUCCUGGAGAUGAUAAAGAGGAGGGAGAAGAGCAAGAGAGAGCUGCUGCACCUCACACUGGAGGUGGUGGAGAAAAGAUAUCAGAUGGGUGACUUUACGGGUGAAGUCCUCAGUGAGGUGACGGCCCCUCUGGCUGAGAAGCCCGUCUACACUGCUCCAAUCACUCUAACGAACGGGAACCGCCAUAGCCAUAAAGCUGAGAUCAAGACGCACAAGUCCGGUAGUCUCCAGCACCAUGGGCACCACCACGUCUCGGUGAAGGACGAGGAUCCCUUUGACUUUGUCAGACCAAAGAAGAAGUACGCCAGGCGGGACCCCCUGUGCCGCCCUGGCAGGCCCACCAAGCGCCAGCACAUCGUUAACAAGGCUGAUAUUAAACAGUAUGACUUCCACAGCUCUGGAGAGGAGGAGGAGGACUACCCACUGUCUCCACCAUCAGAACCAGAUGAGGAGAAUGAUCCAGAUGGUGCAUUUGCCUUCAGAAGGAAAGCAGGCUGUCAUUACCUUGCUCCCAUUGUGGACCAGAGCUCUGGCCUUCUGUGGGACCACCCUGAGCUAGCAGGGCUGGAUGCCCUGCGGCACCGUCACUCCCUUACUGCCCUCUCUGUACCCAAACGCUGUGUGGGACUGGCACGCAGGAGGGUGGGGCGAGGUGGCAGGAUCCUUUUGGAUCGGGCUUCAUCAGACCUGGACAUCGCAUUAAAGCAGCUGGACUCAGCCGUCGCCACAUCCUCCCCCUUCACCAGGCCUUGUGCUCCAGACCUUACUGAUCCCUGGCCUUCCUCACAGAACCACAGAACUAUGCCUGGCUCUGCCUCGUCACUGGCAGACAUCGUGAGCAACAUCCAGGCUCUGAGGUGGCGCUGCUUCAGACCUAGGCCCACCCAGGGUGAUGGCAGUGGUGACACGAGGACGGGCAGAUCUUCCAUGGAUACCACGUUGUCUGGAGGGCUGUUGGUUCGCUCCAAGAGAAGUGGCAAAGGAGGCAUCACAGAGGAGCAGUACCAGGUCCAUCAGCAGGCUCUGGCCCAGAUGCAGAAACAGCUGCUGAAAGCUGCUCCUCCCCAGCAGCAUUCCUCACUGUCAGAGCGACAAAACACACAAACUUCUGGCUCCACUGAUUGCAUCAUAUCGAAGACUCUGGACUCGGCUAGCGCCCAUUUUGCGGCAUCAGCUGUCAUCAGUGCAUCAGGCCAGGUCAACAAUGAGAACAAAUCACACAAUACCAGCGUCAAUGGGGUCGUCCAGACUUUGGGGACCUCCAGACCUCUUCACUCCACCAGCACAUCCCAGAGUGGCACAGGGUUGGACAGGUCAGGUCUUACCUCCUCCAGCGGAGGCCCUCUGCUACCUGCCCACUCCACCUCCUCCUCGCCCCAGUCUCUGCCCAACCACCGAGGCCACGGCAGUGCUGUCUCCCCUGCCCAUCACCACCACAGCGCCAGACCCUCUGCCCCCUCGCCGUCUGCCUUAAAGCUGGCCACCGUGGCUGCCAGCAGCCUGGACCGUGUGGCCAUGGUGACCCCCGCCUCUGCCAUCGGCAGCAUGGCCAGGCAUAUGUAUCUGAAUAAUGAAUUACUAUAGUUAUUCAUUUUUGUAGGGAUACUCACGAACCUGAGAGACAUACUUUGAACGGCAUAUCAGAGACCACAGUACCAAUGGAGGUGACAUAACCCCCUCCCUUCCUCCUCCCUCAUCGCCAUUCUGCUCAGACCGGUGAAUGUGACAAACAGAACGCAAGCUCCAGCCCCAGCCACCAGAGGGCACGCGUAUACAAGGACCUAUACAGAAUCGAGCAUAUCAAAAAAAUGAUAACGUGUCAAUAUUAUAAAUGUACAUUUUGUAAAUUGGGAAUAUCACUACCUUGUAAGAUAGUAUAUUUGUAUCAUUAGUAUGUUUUCUUUUUUUCUGUUACGUGAAUUCUAGUAAAUUUGACAUCAUGCUUUUGCACUUGAAAAAUGCAAACAAUAUAUAGUACAUGUAAAAAUGCAAAAAACGUUUGUUGGGAUCAUGAGCAUGAACCACAGAUCCUGUAUCACUCAUUUUACCACUAUUUAUUUUGCAAUGUUUACAUUUUUGUAUCUCUACAGACAAAACAAAUCAGCAAAAUAUGGACAUCGGUCUUGCUAGUAUAUUUGGUUCUUGUGCUUUUUUUCUAAAGAUGGGAAAUGAGCCUGAUUUUGAUUUGGUUUCACAAAUUGAAUAGUUAUGGUCUUUUGUAAGUAGAUUAGCAGUGGCAUUUUUUUCCCCUUCAGACAAGUAUUUUCUGUUACUUUGUCAGUUGUAACAGGAAUUGAUUGUCUUUUUAAUGUUUUAUUCUGUUUUCUUUUCCUUUUUCAUUCAAUGCCGAAUUUUCCAAAACAAUGAAGAAAUCUUAAAAAUGAGCCAUUCUCCAUACAAACCUAUUUAUUUACAUUUAAAUCCAAAUGACAAAUAAAUGCAUCCUAAAAUCAAUCUGCAGAUGUAAAGCAAGAAUUUUUUAUAAUAUAUUUGCCUUUUUUAAACGGGUAGGGAGUUUAAGCCAAUGAACAGUACACAGGAAUAUUACCAUUCUAUCUGUUAUGUAUUGCGCUGUAUAAUCUUGCACAUUACUUGGUAACUCUUUGAACGACUACCCCUUUGGAUUAGGGGGUGCACAUCAAUAUUUUGGGGUAUUUUUUUUCUUCUUUGGUCAAGGGGCAAGUAACAUGUUGAAACGAUGUCUGAUGGUCAGUGAUUGACCUCCCCUGUAGAUUAUAUAGUUGAUGUAGUGAUGUCCUGUAGAGAUAUUAGAAACAUGUUUAGAUGAUUAGUAAUGCCUAGUGUUCAUGCACUAUUUCUUCAGACAUACAUUUUUCCCUGUUACUUGUUCUUGGAGUGUUUCAGAAAGAAAUGCUGGGAAAUAAAUAUAUCUAUACAUAUCAGUA